AUGGCCGAAGAAACAUCUCCACUUACCGGCUUACGUAAAUCGGAUGUCGAAUCACGUGUCGAAGCCACGACCUCCAAAGUGAUCGAAACAGUCAAACAUCAAUCCAAUACUGUGGUCGAUAAAGUCAAACGCAUAACUGGCACCACAGCAAACGCUCUAAAAAUCCUCACGACCAAUCCACGUGAACUCGUACAAUCAGUGCUGAAAAUUGUGUUGCACAUAUGGCACUACAGCCCAUUCUUUCGUUGGUUUUUGUUUAUCGCCGGCACAUUUACCUUUAUUCCAGCUGUCGUGUUGGUUGGGUGGAUUGUGCUCACUUGUGCCAUUGUUGUGGGAAUUGCCGGAAUUGGAAUUUUUAUGGCGGAAGGAUUCUUUGCGUUUUUGGGUGGAUUGGUGUUCUUUCCUGUUGUUGGGUUUUUGUUGUUUGUGGCAUCAAUUGGUGGAUUGUUUGCUAGUGGAACUUUUAUCGCCUUGAAAGUUGCCGUGUACUUGUUGGGUGUGUUGGGCCUUAUUGACAUGAAGUGGGAAGAGGGUACUUAUCAAAUGGCCAGAGGAAAUACUGAGCGUGGUCGUACUUUGCUCGAUGUGGGACUCGAACUCCACAUCUCCAGGAGUACUUACAAUCUUAAUCCCAAGAGUUCAACCGCGAACCGUACCGAAGAACUUCAAUCUUAUAUCUUGGGUUCGAACCUUAGGUUAUAA